AUGCCUCCCCGACCUGGGAAGAUGUUCAAUCCCGAAGUCGAAGGGAAAGUGCGAAAACUUUUGACCAGCAUCAAGGGCUUCGACUUUUCAGGUGCUCCCAGAAUGACCGGGGAGAAUCUCUACCGCUUCUCUUAUGUCGUCGUGGAUGGCUCAAGGUGGGUGGCGUUGGGAGAAGCUGACAUUGUCAUACGGAUACGCGAUCUGUUCGACGCAGCUGCCAAAGCAUACAAGGACCGCCCUGCACGCGACAUCCAGUCCUGCGAGUCAGCGCUGGAUAUCAUGAAGGACGAUAUGCUCAACAAUGUCAUCGACUUCUAUGUAAAGGCCUUCAAGAAAGCCAACCCGGCCGGCCGCGAUGCAGUCGCCACGCCCCAAUCUGCCGCAGCUUUCCUCAGCGUCAUUACUUGGAUUCGGCGAAGUGAGAACGUCGACUACAACCUGCUAGUCACGAAAGAUGGCAGACGUCCUCCGCCAGUCAUUGAGAUUUACGAUGUCGAGGAAUCUCGAAAACGACGUAGACUUGCCAAUGACGAGGGCGGUGAGGCCAUGUCAGGGCCCAAGAAGGACGCCAUGAUCCGCGAUCUGGAAGCGAAACUGGAUCGAUCGAAACGUGAUGCCGACAAAGCCAGUCGAAGGACUGAAAAGGCCAAAGCAAAGGCAGCAAAAGCCAGGCGUAGGCUUUCACGCAAGAUCGAGGUAGUCGAGGCUCUAGAGAACGCACGCAGUAGCGACGUGAUGGAGAUAUGCGAGGCUCGAGAACAGACACAGCAACUACUCCAGCAACGAGACGAUGCCACCACGCAGCGGAACGAGGCCCAAGAGGAGACACAAAAGCUACGCCAGCAACGGGACAAUGCUAUUCGAGACGAAGCUUAUCAUGCCAAGAUUAGAGCUGAGGACAAGUUCGCCGAGGAAAUGAAACGGACCAUGGCCGCUGUGGCCGCUCUGGAUACUGUGACGGCGGACUCCAAACGAGCCAGCCAGGACAUGGCAGACCUCCGCCAGGCGAACGAGGACUUGAAAGCACACGUCGACGAAGCGCGGUGGGCAGCGUAUCAGCGCGGAUACUUCAUCCGAUUGAACCCACCCGAACGACCAUUCAAUUAUAGCCAGGUUGGGAUGCGCAACGAGGUCGGGGCGUUUCACGAGGCCGGGGUUCUCGAGGGAGAGACUUCUUUCAGAUCAGGAAAGCAUCUGGACCAUGAGCGUCGAAUAUAG